CAACAAUCCGUAGUUAUUGCACAUAGCGGCGCAUGUGCAUUACGGAAGGUGAAGACAGCUAGCUGGCUAGGUCAAUUUUAAAACACGAAUAAGUACUGUUUGUUUGACAUGCGUGCCGAUUUACGUUGAAUUUAAGUAGUUAUCCUUUGACGCGUAUAAUAUUUUGCCAGACGCAGUCAACUAAGUUAACCAAUUCCACCAAAAAGGAGGUGGCUUGGUUUAAUAUCAGCGGUCCACAGCAUUGAGAGCCGCAACGGGAUGGCCAGUGUGCUCUGUACCAGAGCCAGGCUGGUGUCCUACCUGCCCGGUCUGCAUGUCCUGGUGAGACGCAUCGCUGGGACCCGGAGCUUCUCUGGAGCCGGCUCCUCUGGCUCUGACGAGCCCUACAUAGCCAGCAUUCCUCCUGACAUUGGGCUCAGGACUGUAUGGCCGGACGAGACCAUGGGCCCGUUCGGGCCCCAAGACCAGCGCUUUCAGUUGCCCGGCAACGCGGGCUUCGACUCCCACCUGGAGGGCACGGCGGAGCAGCAGAGCAGAGUCCCGGUCCACCGGGCGCUUCCGGACGUGCUGUCCGCCCCCUCCAGCAGCGAGAGGCACGAGUUCAUCCUGGCCCAGUUUGUAGGAGAGUUCCACGGCAAAGAGGCCCCUACCUCUCCCCAGAAGGUGAACAAAGCAGAGCAGUACUUCGACAGCUCCAGUGUGGAGUGUGCCAUUCAGACCUGCCCUGAGCUGCUCAAGAAAGAUUUUCAGUCUAUGUUUCCCGAGGCCCCUUCCAGGGGCCUGACGGUUGUCACGGUGACGCAGAAGACGAAGAACGACAUGACUUCUUGGUGUCAGGAAGUGGACAGCGAGAGGGAGUCCAUGCUGGACAACUUUGUGUCUGGGGCCAGGGAGAUCUGCUACGCCCUGAGGACGGAGGGCUUCUGGGCUGACUUCAUCGAUCCCUCCUCCGGCAUGGCGUUCUUCGGCUCCUACACCAACAACACGCUGUUUGAGACGGACGAGCGCUACCGCCAGCUGGGCUUCCAGAUCGAGGACCUGGGCUGCUGCAAGGUGAUCCGCCACGCCCUGUGGGGCACGCACGUGUUCGUGGGCUCCCUGUUCACCGACGCGCCGCCCGGGAGCGCCAUCAUGAAGAAGCUGCAGGGGAACUGAGCCCUGACCCCUCCCCCACCCACCCGAGGAGGGAGGGCUGGACGCCAAACACGUGGCGUUUUGUUUAGGUGUAGGGGACCCUCGGCAGCCGAACACGACACUGGCGUUACGGCCGGCAGAUGAUCCACACUGGUGUUCUUUGGAAGAUUUUUAAUUGGGGAAUCUACUUUAUGAUUUUAUUUUGGUACUAAAUACCUUACCUGUGUAACAUGUAUUUAUUGUUCAUGAUUUAUGUUAUGCUGAGACUCCCACCCCACCCCCCUUAUUUAAACAGUAGCACGUUAGAGGGGGAUGAUAGAAUGUGAAAUAGCUUCAGAGAUCUAUUUUUCUCAUUUCAACCUAGCAGUGUGAGUGCAGCGAAAAGAGCUGCCAUUACUGGAGGAGUCGAGCACCACCCCAAACGCUGGUGACGUUCGUCUCUAAAAACUAUUUUUCCAUGUUGCCUUUCAAAGGGCGAAGCGAGGACCUGGUUUGAGUAAAGCUCCUGAAGUGCUGAGAUGAACACACCUGUCUAGAGGG